AUGACAGAAUUAUCCAUCCAGGCCAAGAUGAUUUGGGAAGUUGCUGAAAGAGAUGUAUUGAGCCUGAAGUUUGUCCAAAAGCAGCUGACUCUGAUUGAGCUCCGUCUCAAAAAGGAUAUCCUGAAGUUUAUUAAUUAUGAGUAUCAGACAUUUGAUCAAUAUAACCAGGAUUUCAUUUGAGAACUUACCGGAAUCACAAGUUUAACUCUUGAAGAUGAGAAGCAAAUAUCAUUUGAGGAAAUUGACAAAAGCUGAAUUCGAGUAAUACAGAAAUUAGAGAUUUGCCUUGAAACGAAGAGUAAACUUUCCUUCCUGAAGAAAUGAGUUAAGAAGGCUAAAUUGGCUAUUGACUUCCGUAAUGACCUAGAGAGGCUUGUAUCCAUCACAGAAUAUUGUGAAAAUAGUUUAUUCGAUUUAAUUCGAAAUUAUUAA